AUGACUGGAGCAGGUGCACUCAGCCCGGACAAUGUCUUGGGCCUCGCUGCCAAAGCCCUCGGCAACGGCCAGCCGAGUCUCCAAACACCUUACGAAGCGGUAGCUCUGGUCGGUCAUGCCUGCAUGGCAGCGGUCGACUUCCGGCUAGUGGGACUUGGAGAGGACCAUAAUCUGGAUUCAUCUACAGAAACCCCCGCACUCCCCACCGAAUGGAACGCCUACCCUACCUUCGCGUUUCGAUAUGCGCACGCACAAUCUUCAAUGCAAUACGUGCUAAAAGUGAGCCGCCUUGGCAACAACGCCGUGGUAUUCGCGUUGGCCUUGGGCGAUGAUCGCACCAGCUCGUUUGACCUCCCCGCCAAAGACUAUAUCUCCGAAUCCGCUCUCCCGCUCACACACACGGGGGAUCUCCCUGGUGCCCUUCGCGAUGUGUUUAUUUCGCCUGCUCGACUGGGUGACCUGAUCGGACUAUUCAAGAUCAACGUGAUCCAGAAGCUUGCGCCGGGAUUAUCCAAGGAAGGCUAUGAAGAUCCGAGUCAGGCCUCUCGGGAGCGCCCUGAGACGCGGCGCCCGCAUGAUCCCCUUCGUGACGACUCCCUUCCUCAGCCUGCUCGCCCAUACCCAUUUGAUGAUCCAUUAGCUGCCGCCCCUCGCCGACCGAACCCACCCGGUGAUUUUGCUCCACCUGGAUUCGAGGAUGAGUUCGAAAUCAACCAACCUCCCCGCGGGUACCCCCGGGCGGAUACCCCCCGGCUUCCCAGCCCUUACAAUAUCGGAGACAGAGAUCUCUACCCCGCAGGACUUGGGCCCAAUGACCCGCUCCGCGGAACAAUGGGUCCUGGCUUUGGUGGUGGCGGUGGAAUGCAUCCCACUUUCGAUGAUCCCCUCUUCGGAGGCUCUGGUGGUGCUGGCCGUGGAUAUGACCCUCGUGCACCACCCGGAGCGCGCUAUGACCCUCCUGGUCCAGGGUUUGGGCCUCCAUCUGGCCGUGGCCGUGGACCUGGUGGGGGUGGCUUUGGUGGAUUUGGUGGCUUUGGAGGUGGCUUUGGCGGCGACAUUAUCUAA